GUUGUGAAGAAGAGUCAAAGAUGGGCGCGUGAGGCGGAUCGGGACGUCAAGUUUUCUGAUCAAAUCGAUACCUAAUUACUUUCGUCUUUUUAGAGAAAUAAAACACAGAUUGUAUGAAACCACCGAGAACUUGUGUUUAGUUGAAAUAGUAUUUCGUGGUGGCAAAAUGGAGGCCGUUCCCAGGAUGCCGAUGAUUUGGCUGGAGCUGAAGGAAGCAGGAGAGUUUCAGUUCGGUCCCACCGUCAGACAGUACAUUCAAAUAAACUAUGGUGAGAACCCCGAGAACUACAUCGAGGCGAUGAAGAAGCUGGAGCAACUUAGACAGAGUGUGGUAAACAUCCCGAGGGAUUUUGAGGGCUGCAACACUCUUAGAAAAUACUGUGGUCAGCUGCACUUUCUGCAGAGUCGUGUUCUCAUGGCAACCGGCCAGGAGGCUGCAGUGCCUGUGACAUGGACUGAUGCCUUUUCAGGGAGGAAUAUCACACAUGAGGAUAUUAAUUAUGAACAGGCUUGUGUCCUGUAUAACCUGGGUGCAUUGCACUCACUGCUGGGAGCUGUGGAUAACCGCCUAUCUGAGGAGGGGAUGAAAAUGUCCUGUACGCAUUUCCAGUGUUCUGCCGGGGCUUUCACUCACCUCAGAGACCACUUUAAUCACAGCUACAGCUCUGACAUGAGCAGCCAGGCACUCUCAAUCAACAUCAGCCUCAUGCUGGCCCAGGCUCAAGAGUGUCUCCUGGAGAAAACUUUACUAGACAACAGAAAGAGUCAUUUAAUAGCAAAGAUUUGUGCUCAGGUGUGUGAUUAUUAUAAGAAUUGUCUGAGGGUGUUGGAUAAUUCUGAAUGUGUGCCAGGAAGGAUUCAGAAAGAGUGGAGAAAGCUCAUCAGCAUGAAGAUCAGCUACUUCAGUGCUAUCACACAUUUACACAUGGGAAAGCAGUCAGAGGAACAGCAGAAAUAUGGAGAAGCAGUCGCUUACUUUCAUUCCUCUCUGGACAAACUUAAUGAGGCAAUUAAGCAGAGCAAGGGCCAACUGGAAUCUGUACAGGAAGCUUUGAAAUUCACAAUGGAUGUGAUUGGUGGAAAAUAUAACUCCUCUAAGAAAGAAAAUGACUUCAUUUACCAUGAGUCUGUGCCUGGUCUGGACACGUUGGCUGCAGUAAAAGGUGCAUCAUUGGUGAAACCCCUGCCUGUGAGCCUAACUGAUCAAAGUGUCACUGGUCCUGACCUCUUCUCUAAACUUGUCCCCAUGGCAACUCAUGAGGCCUCAUCCCUUUACAGUGAGGAGAAGGCGAAGUUACUUAGGGACAUUGUGGCUAAAAUAGAGGAUAAAAACCAAAUCCUUGAGAAAUUUAUGGAGUCUCUAAGCAAUGACUCUGUGUAUAAAAUAGACAUGUUUAAAUCUCUGCCCGACGCUCUGUUGGAAAAAUGUGCAUUUCUCAGUGUACGACCGGACACUGUCAAAAACCUUGUUCAGGCCAUGCAAGCACUAUCUAAUGUUUAUACUGAUGUGGGUUCAUCUCUGGACGAGGCCCGUAGUGCUCUUGAGGAAGAUGAGGCUGGGGAGAAGAGUUUGAUGGAGGUAGUGGGGCAGAAGGGAUUGCCGACGAGGCCUGCAGUCUUUCAGGAUAUCCAAAAAGAGCUGAAGAAAUAUGAGGCUGCUCAUCAGGCAGCCAUCAACACCAACACUGAGCUCCACAAAGCCAUGAACCAGCACAUACCAAACAUACGUCUGUUACAGGGAUCUGUUGAGGAACUCAGAAAGAGCCUGCCCCAGCCAGAACUCAGUCAAGAUGAAAUGUCGUCCCUGCAAAAAAUUAAGACAGUUCUUGGCAAAGUUGAUGAAAUGCGAAAGCAGAGGAUUUCGUUGGAGAGCCAGCUUCGUGACCUUAUUCAUAAAGAUGACAUCACUGGAGUCCUUGUAACCACAGAUCGUGCUGAGAUCAAGACAUUGUUUGCGGAGCAGUUGAAGAAAUAUGAUCAGCUGAAGGUAUAUAUAGAUCAGAACUUGGUUGCCCAAGAUAACAUCCUGAAAGCCUUAACAGAAGCCAAUGUGCAGUACGCCCCUGUCCGCAAGACACUCACGCUCACAGAGCAACAAUGGAACAGCACUGUGCAGGCUCUGAUUGCCUCAUUUGAGGCAUAUGAGGACUUGUUGAAGAAGGCUGAGGAGGGCAGAGACUUUUACCAGGAUCUGGACAAGAAGACCUCCGCCUUGUUGGACAAAACAAAGUCCUAUUGCCAAAUCAGAGAGGGGGAGCGAGUUGCCCUGCUGGAAAAGGAGAUCGGAAAAGGGCCACCUCCUAGACCUGCCGCCCGAAAGCCUGUGGUCGGCCAGAAAGUUGUUGGUCAUAUGUCCGGCCCUUCCAGUCUUGAAUCUAUAGGUCCUUCUGUUGCUUCUUUUGAAGAUCUUCCACAAGAACUACGAAGCCUCCCUCCAAAUCUGAAUUUGCCCCGAGGUUCAGUACUUUACAAUCCUGUUCCUCAUGGUGGAACCCCUGUUAGCUGGCCACAAGGGGCAAGCCCUUUUCCGACAACUCAGUUUCCAAACCCGCAGUUACCCACUACAGAUCCAAAGCUCAGGCAGUUGGCCAACCAUCUCCCACUGGCACCUUAUGGCCAGGCCUCCCCACAGGUGCCUGCUCAAGGGUACAAUCCAGCUCUCUGGCAGCAAGCUCACGGUGGUCCAAUUGCUGUUACAGGGGGUUAUUCUGUGCCUCCACAAAUGGGACAAAUUCCCCAAAAUUUAAUUAGGCCUGGUUUACCAGGACGACCGCAAGUAUCCUUGCCAAACUCUUUUGGGCAGCAGAUGUCAACUGGCAUGCCUCAGUCUUCCUCUGUCCAGCAGGUCAUACAGGGAGCACAGUGCCAAAGAUUUACAACCCAGCCUAGACAAAGCAUCCCCUCAACCACACCAAUAAGUGCAUUUCCUGGGCAAAUCCUUCCACCCUUUCCACCUGGGCAAGUCCAGCCUCCAAUGCCAGGCCAAGCACAGCAACAGUCUGGCCUUCCUUCAGAUUACCGACCAGCAUUACUUCCACAUACCCAACCCCAGCUUGGUCCACCAGGCCAACUGACAGUGCCCCAUCCACAGGGUGCCCUCAUUCCAGGGCAAGCUCAGCCUCAGUCCACUCUUUCCAAUCAGUUCCACCCCGGACAACUUCCACAAAACAGGCCUCAGCCUUACAUGGGUUAUGCUGCCACAUCUUUUCCGUCUUCCCAACUGCAACAAAUUCCUGCGCCCCACCAAGUACAUCCAGGGUCCCAAGUUUUUCCACAUGCACCCUUGAGCCAAAAUUCCCAAGUUCCUUUUGGUCCUCGUCAGCCCCAAAUGCAAGGAGCUGUACCACCACAAAGCAAUGUGUAUUCAUUUGCACCAACACACAUGAGCCAACAACCUACGGGCCAACAGAUCAUUCCAUCUCAAUUCAACACCAUGUUUAAUGGACCCGGGGGACAACCCAUGUACAUUUCUGGUCAAAGCCAAAUACUUGGCCCUCAAAAUGUGGCUCACUCAUCAUCUGGACAAGCAGUUGCCCCAGUGAUGGACAAUCCAGUUCCACCUUCACUUGGCAGCACCCUAAUACCGACUCCAUCUCCUGUUCAGGUUUCAUCCCAGAACCAGAUCUCCACUCCUAGACCUGAUCUGCCGUCCUCUUCUUUAGUGAGUCAGAAUUUAGAGCCACAAACCACAUCAAGUGCUGUGUCGACUGACAAGAUAAGUUCUGACUCCACUAUGAGUCUGGAUUCUAUUCAGAACAAGGUGGAUAAUCUCAGCAUUUAGUCCCAAACCGAUUCCCAUACAAACAAAUGUGAAUAUGCAGUCAAUGGUAGACAGGAUACCAUGUAGACCACAAUUUAAAAUGACAACAGUCAACAGGGGGUGCCAAAAAAAGAUGAUCUUGGUGAUUUGGAUCCUUUAUGGCCACAACACAGGAUCUGAUGCCUGAACACACGCUAAUACUUGCUUUUUUUACAUGACCAGUACUAACACAAAAUUGCACUGUACUCUCUGUACCUGUAAUUACACACUAUGGCUUUGCAAAUGUACUACAAGCAAAUAGAAAAAUUAUUUUGCAUUGUAAUUCUAUGCAGUCCUCUAAUAUUGUGUACAGUUUCACUCUAUGUAUUUCUAUUCUUAAAUAGCACUUUAGUUUGCACUGUAGUGAGAAUGAUGACAACAGUGAUGAUGAGUAAGAGGUGAUUAUGGUUCUUUAUGUUAGGAUGUCUUUUCCACUGUUUCAAAAACGUUUUGAUACAAAUGCUCUUCUAGUUCUUACAUAUAAUUUUCUAAAGUAUAAAUAAAGCUUUAUUUUAGCUCUGUAUACAUAACAUAAAAUUGUAAUAAUAAAAAAGGGACAACUGUGUUUUGACCGAAGACUAGCAGCACUGUCUGAUGUGGAGAUGUUGCUUCUGUUUAAAAUUCAAAAUUAAAGUAGUUGAAACUUCAAAAUGCGUUUACACGUCUACCUUUAUGGAAAAUUGUUAUCAGCUCCACGCACCUGGUCUUGUAACGCUUGGUAAAACGGUAUAGGGAACAUCUGUGAACAAUCUUCAGGUCUCUCCCCAUUGCAGUGGCAUUCAAGCCAGUACUUUGGGUUUGUUCCCCAUGUCACACCAGUGUUGUUUUUAGGGUCCUUCUUGUGAAUGGUGAAUUUUCACUAGUCUGAGGCUCUGUCCUCUAGAGCAGAUUCCUCCUGCAAGUUUUGUGGUAUGUAUUCCUAUUAAUACAGCAUACAAAAUAUAACCAAUAUAACAGAUUAUAGAGUAUCAUACAAUAAACAGGCUGUUGUGUGCUAAUGCACCAUUGUUAAAUACACCACUUCCCUAAUAUGGCCAUAUGAUGGCAGUGUCUGGUUGUGUUCCGAUGUAGGACUGUCUAUUAUGAGUGUGUUGUUAUGUGUCCCUUUUUCUGCAUGGGUUACUGGAGUUGUCUAGAAUUAAAUCAAUGUGCUUCAUUUGCUUCAGGCACAAAAAAACUGAAUUACUACACGUACAUUUUGCAGUAAAUAUCUGUAAAUAAAACGGGGAUGCUCAUA